AUGGUAGCAACAGGCACGAUGCUGAUAGCGUACCUCAAACAUAUUUGUGGAAUGUUUAGCAUUGCAAGUUUCCGUAUUAAGAAGGCAAUGGCAAUUAAUAUGCAAGAUGUUAAUGAAGAAAAAAUGGUUAUAAUUUAUAAAAGAAUCGUAUCAUACAAUAGCAUAGAGCAACUUGUAUUACCACUUAUGUGCUUAAGUGCCCUCUACAUAUACAUGUUUUUAUCUAAUUAUACCGCACAAAAUAUUACAGAUCACAAUGAAUACGUAUUUGCUACAGUAUAUAAUGUUGAAUGGUACAUGGCUCCGUUACAAAUACAGAAAAUAAUGUUAAUUCUACUGCAAAAGGGUACAAAGGCUUUUCAUUUGAUGCUCGGUGGAAUAUUCAUUGCGUCUAUGGAAAGUGCUGCUACGUUGAUGGGUACUUCAAUAUCUUACUUCACUGUUCUCUAUUCUACAAGUACGAAAUAA